AGCUCGGAAACCAGAUCGCGCGCGCGCAUAGCCGCAUCGCUGCCCCUCACGCUGCACGAGGCGUGUACGCAAUAUACUCCAUCUCCAGCAACGGCUGUGUCAAAAGAGUAGCGGUUCAGGAGGGUCUGGGGCAGACCAUGUCCACCGACCCCACGAUAACGCUGUCGAGCGGCCACGCCAUGCCUAGAGUAGGGUUGGGAACCUCGAAACUAGUAGAAAAGCAAAUAGCCGACGGAAUAGAAGCAGGUGCGCGGCACCUCGACUGCGCGCGGAUGUACGGCAACGAGGCCGCCGUCGGCCGCGCCGUCAGGGCCUCGAAGGUGCCGCGGGCCGACUUCUUCCUCACGAGUAAGCUCUUCAUGACGGAGCUGCGCCGCGACGCCGUCGGCGAGGCCGUGGCCGACACGCUGCGGGAUUUACAGACGGACUACCUGGACCUGCUCCUGAUCCACUGGCCUCUUAAAUAUAAACCGGGCACGCUCUUCGCGCGGGACGGCGCCCAGGAUUUCGCGGAGACCUGGGCGGCGAUGGAGGCGCUCGUGAAGGACGGGAAGGUCCGGAGCAUCGGCGUGUCGAACUUCGACGCGGCGCAACUGGAAGCGUUGAUGGAGACGGCCAAAAUCCCGCCGGCCGUGAACCAGGUCGAGGCGCACCCGCGGUUCCCUAAUUCGGCAUUGGUGGCCUGGUGCCUCUCCAAAAAGAUCGCCGUCGUCGCGUGGGGCCCCCUCGCCUCCGGCCGCGGGCGGCUCGCCGAGGACCAGGUCCUCUGGACGACGGCGAACAUGCACCAAGUCUCUGUACCGCGCAUGGCGCUGCGGUGGAAUUUGGAAAGGGGCGUCUGCGUCGUGCCGCGGUCGGCGAACCCCGAGCACGUGCGCGAUUGUCUGGAGGCGGCCGCGGGGCCGAAAUUGCCCAAGGCGGACGUCGAGCUGUUGACGCGGUCGCGGCCGGAGGGUCGGCGGCGCUUCCCCGACGUCAUUGGCGUCUGGCCGGCGUCGGCCAACGUUGUUUGUAGGCUGCUCGGCUGGUGGCUGCACGUUUUGUUUUCGGUGCUGUUCCGGGUCUGCUCCGUGGACGUCGUGGCGCUGGCGAAGCGGCGAGCUAUCAAACGGGAGGCGACGUACGCGGCCUUCGUGAAGGAGCGCGACGCGGCGAUCGCCGCCAUGGAGGCGAAGAUCGCCGCGCGCGCGGCCGAGGGCAAGAUGACGUUCACAGACGGGUCCGAGGAUAUGAGUGUGGAUCCAGCAAUCGAUCCGAAGCUCGCGGCGGCGCGGCUGGAGAUGCUGCGGACGCCCGCGGACUAAUUCUCUUUUUUUGAGAGAGAGAGAGUCGCUUAUUGAAUCCAUCCCCAGGUAGUACGGACCCCGAACGCUUCGAUCAGCUAGCGUGUCUGUAAGACACUAGCAAGCAAUCCACAGCAUGCGCAGCAGGAUUUUGAGCCUCACCGUAGCCAACUCUGCAUAAGAGCUACCGUAGCGGCACGCCACUUAGGUGCUCCGUGACCAGUGUGACGAACGGCACAUAUAACUGCUGUAUUGACAAGGAGAGCAUUUCCAACACAAGGCAGAGCAUUGCUAGA